AUGUCCGUCCUCCUCGAAACGAGCGCUGGCGACAUUGUGAUCGACCUGCUGGUCGACUACGCGCCGAAGCUCUGCGAAAACUUCCUGAAGCUGUGCAAGGUCAAAUACUACAACUUUUCACCGAUCCACUCCAUCCAGAAGAACUUCUCCUUCCAGACCGGCGACCCCCUCGGCCCUCUAUCCGCACAAUCCGAUGGCGGCUCGUCCAUCUGGGGGCUCGGGUCCUCCGACCCGGCUGAGCGAACCUUUCCCGCCCUGUUCCACCCCAAGUUGAAACACCUCGAGCGCGGAACCGUCAGCAUGGCCACGGCACCGAAUGCUGCCGACGGCGGAGAGACCAGGCUGGCGGGGAGCCAAUUCAUCGUGACAUUGGGCGACGACACAGACUAUCUCGACGGGAAGGCCGCAAUAUUUGGGAAGGUCGUGGAGGGCUUCGACGUGCUGGAAAAGAUCAACGAGGCUAUCAUCGACGACAAGGGCCACCCUCUUGUCGACAUCCGAAUCAAACAUACUGUCGUACUCGACGACCCCUACCCAGAUCCCGCUGGCUUGCGCGAGCCAAGCAGCUCGCCCGUGCCUAGCAAGGCUCAGCUGGCCACCGUGCGGAUCGCCGAGGGCGAGGCCGAGAAGCUGGACGAGGAAGACAAUGAGGAGGCAGCAGCGGCGGCAGAGAAGGCCCGGCGCGAGAGGGAAGCGCGCGCUCAGGCGCUCACCCUCGAGAUGAUGGGCGACCUGCCCUUCGCCGAGGUCAAGCCGCCCGAGAACGUCCUCUUCGUGUGCAAGCUGAACCCAGUCACGGUCGACUCGGACCUCGAGCUCAUCUUCAGCCGGUUCGGCAAGAUCCUCUCGUGCGAGGUCAUCCGCGACCGCAAGACCGGGGACAGCCUCCAGUACGCCUUCAUCGAGUUUGAGGACAAGACCGCCUGUGAGACGGCGUACUUCAAGAUGCAGGGCGUGCUGAUCGACGACCGGAGGAUCCACGUUGACUUCUCCCAGAGCGUGAGUCGUUUGAGCGCGACGUGGCGCGACGAGACCAACCAGAAGAGGCGCAAGCACGCCGCGGGCGGGAACAGGGGCGGCUGGGGCGGCGUCAAGGAGCUCGAGAAGUGGAAGAAGUACCGGGACGAGGACGACGCGCCCGAGCGGGGAGACCGUUAUCAGAUGCUGGUGGACGAGCCUGCGGAGGGCAAGGCGCCGGUGACGGGAGACAAUGGUCGGGCACGGCCAGACGGUUCCAGCCGCGACCACCGCGACCGCCGUGACAGCCGGUCACCUCCGUCACGUCGCCGAGAGCAGGACAGAGGCUACCGGAAGCACGACCGGAGCUCGAGCCCGCGGGGUGAGCGCCACUACGAUUCGAGGAGGCACCGAGACCGUGAUGGUGAUCGGAGGGGCCGUCGUGAGCGAGACCGUGGCAGGGCUUACGAUGAUUACAGGAGACGGUGA